CAAGUGCGAACUAACAAAAGCAGGUAUGCAUGAACCCUCUGGAGGUUACCAGGGGAAUUUAUGACUUGUAUAGACGUGGAGGCUCGGUCUGGCAUGACUGGUAUCGAAUCCUGGCCUCUUGAGCUAAGCUCAUUCGAUUCGGUGCGCUCUUUCGUGGACAAUUUUGAAGAAAAGGGCUGCACAGCCAAUGUUCUUAUCGCCAAUAGCUGGCCUGUCGACGACCAAAAUUUCUAUAGAUUUCAAGUGAAUUACCUGUCGACCGCUCUGUUGAGCAUAUUGAUGUUGCCUCACCUCAUCAAGACGGGGACUCCUGAACAUGCCUCGAGACUGGUUAUUGUGUCUAGCAUGGCUCAUUAUAUUGCUGACAAACUACAAGGGGUAGACAAAUGGCCUAGUAUCAUCGAAACAAUCAACGAUGAGGCGUAUUGUACUUCCAGGCAAGUUUCGUUCCUCCUCGAAGUGAUGUUCAUCCGCGAGUUGUCUUCUCGACUUCCCACACCAACCUUGGUCGCUGUUUCGGCGGUCAAUCCCGGCUUUUGUCACUCUCGUCUUACGCGAGAAGACGAAUCGAAUCCUAUACUCAAUUUUGCCAAGAGCAUUUACAAAGGGUUAGUGGCACGCACGACUGAGAUGGGCAGUCGGACACUUGUCCAUGCGGCAAUCGAGCCAGGUGAGAGGGAUCGGCAUGGCUACUACCUGUCGAGCUGCGAAGUCACCGAAGAGAGCGAUUAUGCUCUCAGCGCGGAAGGGAGGGAGGUUUCGAAGCGUUUGUGGCAUGAGACGCUUAAAGUCCUUGGAGACAUCGAUCCAAGAGUUAAUACAAUUGUGUCUGAACACCUCACCCAGGAUACAGCAUAACUUGACUGUUAUUCAUAGACCGCCACCAUAUAUCAUGUUGUGUUCUAA